AUGGGAACAAGUGAAGAGAUGGUAUCGGUGGAACACACCUCCUCGUCCUUCAAUCCUCUGUGUUUUGAAUGUGGUCAGCAGCACUGGACAAGAGAAAACCACUUGUAUAAUUACCAGAAUGAAGUAGAUGAUGACCUGGUCUGCCAUAUUUGCCUUCAGCCUCUAUUGCAGCCAUUAGACACCCCCUGUGGACACACAUUCUGCUGCAAGUGCCUCAGAAACUUCUUACAAGAGAAAGAUUUCUGUCCAUUGGACCGAAAAAGACUUCACUUUAAGUUGUGUAAGAAGUCUAGUAUUUUAGUUCAUAAACUUCUGGACAAAUUAUUAGUUGCAUGUCCUUUUUCUUCAGUGUGCCAGGAUGUGAUGCAGCGCUGUGAUCUGGAGGCACAUCUUAAAAACAGAUGUCCUGGAGCUUCUCAUCAGAGAGUUGCCCUAGAGAGAAGGAAAACCAGCAAAACUCAGACAGAGACUGAAAAUGAAAAUGGAACCACUAUAAUAGAUCUCCCAGGUACCUCUCCACCCGAAACGGACUGCUCAGGGACAGGCACAGCGCCUGCCGAACGGACCUUGACCUCAGCCUCUCUUCCUGUAUGGACUGAGGAGCCUGGCCUGGACAACCCUGCCUUCGAGGAGAGCACCAUUGCUGAUACCACACAACAGCCACCUAGUUUACCAGAAGGUGAAAUCACCACGAUUGAAAUUCACCGAUCUAAUCCUUACAUUCAGUUAGGAAUUAGCAUCGUGGGUGGCAAUGAAACACCACUGAUUAACAUUGUCAUCCAGGAAGUCUAUCGGGAUGGGAUAAUUGCCAAAGAUGGAAGGCUCCUUGCUGGAGACCAGAUUCUUCAGGUCAACAACUAUGAUAUUAGCAAUGUGUCGCACAACUAUGCCAGGGCUGUCCUUUCACAGCCCUGCAGCACCCUACAGCUCACUGUGCUACGAGAGAGGCGCUUCGGUAACCGAGUGACUAGCCAUUCUGAUGGGAACUCUCCACGAGAAGAGAUUUUCAACGUGGUUCUUCAUAAACGAGACUAUGGUGAACAGCUUGGCAUCAAACUUGUACGACGGACGGAUGAGCCAGGAGUUUUUAUUCUUGACCUGCUGGAAGGGGGGCUUGCUGCGCAGGAUGGGCGACUCAGCAGCAAUGACCGGGUGCUCGCCAUCAACGGGCAUGACCUGAAGCACGGAACUCCCGAGUUGGCUGCACAGAUCAUUCAGGCUAGUGGAGAAAGGGUCAAUUUAACAGUUGCUAGACCAGGGAAAGCCCAGCCUGGUAACACUAUCCGAGAAGCAGGAACUCAGAGCAGCAGCCAGCACCAUGCGCAGCCACUGUAUUACAGCAGACCCAGCUCACAUAAGGAUCUUACCCAGUGUGUAACUUGCCAAGAAAAACACAUUACUGUAAAGAAGGAACCUCACGAGUCCCUUGGAAUGACAGUAGCUGGGGGCAGAGGAAGUAAGAGUGGGGAACUGCCCAUUUUUGUGACCAGUGUGCCGCCUCAUGGCUGCCUUGCACGAGAUGGCAGAAUCAAGAGAGGUGAUGUGUUGUUGAAUAUCAAUGGCAUUGAUCUGACCAAUUUAAGUCACAGUGAGGCUGUUGCUAUGCUGAAAGCCAGUGCUGCAUCCCCUGCUGUUGCCCUGAAAGCCCUUGAGGUCCAGGUUGUUGAGGAGGCCACCCAGGCCACGGAUGCGCAGCCAAGCACUCUCAGUGAGAACGAGUACGAUGCCACUUGGUCCCCAUCAUGGGUCAUGUGGCUUGGGCUUCCAAGUUCCCUUCAUAGCUGCCAUGAUAUAGUUUUACGAAGAAGCUACUUGGGAAGUUGGGGCUUUAGUAUUGUUGGUGGAUAUGAAGAGAACCACACCAAUCAGCCUUUCUUCAUUAAAACCAUUGUCUUGGGAACGCCUGCUUAUUAUGAUGGAAGAUUAAAAUGUGGAGAUAUGAUCGUGGCUGUGAACGGCCUGUCAACUGUGGGCAUGAGCCAUUCCGCAUUAGUUCCCAUGUUGAAGGAGCAGAGGAACAAAGUCACUCUGACAGUUAUUUGCUGGCCUGGCAGCCUGGUAUAG